ACGCAGCCGGGCGCUCCACUCGGGCGGUGCGAGAGCCGAAGCGAGCCUCGACGGGGCGGCUCCCCGCAGGAGAGCUCCGUGCUGCCUGGCGCCGCGGAGAGCGAGGCGAGUGGCCGGUUGCAGAGAACACCUGGGCCCCCUCCCGCUGCCCGACGGGCGCGGCAGCCUCUCUGCAAACCCCGCGCAAGUUUCCGCGCGAGGGCCACAGCCGCCACCCCCCGCCCCGCCCGCCCCGUCUGCUGCUGAGGCGGCCCCCAUGCUGCUCCCGCUGGCGCUCCCCGAGUUACCCUGAGGGCGAUGGAGGGGACCCCCUCGAACGGCUCCAACGCCUCGACGAACGCCUCCCUCGACGAAAACCAGUUCGUGCAGCCGGGCUGGCAGGUAGCGCUCUGGGCGGUGGCGUACGCGCUGAUCGUGCUGGUCUCGGUGGUCGGCAACCUGGUGGUGAUGUGGAUCAUCCUGGCGCACAAGCGGAUGCGCACCGUCACCAACUAUUUCCUGGUCAACCUGGCCUUCGCCGAAGCCUCCAUGGCUGCCUUCAACACCUUGGUCAAUUUCACCUACGCCGUCCACAGCGUCUGGUACUACGGCCUCUUCUACUGCCGUUUCCAGAACUUCUUCCCCGUCGCCGCCGUCUUCUCCAGCAUCUACUCCAUGACGGCCAUCGCCGUGGACAGGUACAUGGCCAUUAUCCGCCCGCUGCAACCAAGGCUAUCGGCCUCAGCCACCAAGGUCGUCAUCUGUGUCAUCUGGUUCCUGGCUUUAUUGCUGUCAUUCCCGCAAGGCUACUACGCAACAACAGCCGAGCUCCCCGGCCGAGUGGUGUGUCUGGUGGACUGGCCAGAAAAUACAACUCAGACCUAUCAAAUAACGUACCACUUUUGUGUGACGGUGCUAAGCUAUGUCCUGCCACUCCUAGUGAUAGGCUACGCCUAUACCAUGGUCGGUAUCACACUAUGGGCCAGUGAGAUCCCAGGGGACACUUCGGACCGCUACCAGGAGCAGGUGUCUGCCAAGCGCAAGGUUGUCAAGAUGAUGAUCAUUGUGGUCUGCACCUUUGCCAUCUGCUGGUUGCCUUUCCACAUCUACUUCCUCCUCCAGCAUUUCAAGGCAGAGUGGUACCAGGAAAAGUACAUCCAGCAGGUCUACUUAGCUAUCUUGUGGCUGGCCAUGAGCUCCACCAUGUACAACCCUAUUAUUUACUGCUGCCUCAAUGACAGGUUCCGGAUUGGCUUCAAGCAUGCUUUCCGGUGGUGCCCUUUCAUCAGAGCCAGCAAAUACGAAGGGCUGGAGAUGAAGUCAGCCAGGUACCUCCAGACACAGAGCAGCAUGUACAAGGUCAGCCGGAUGGAAACGACGGUCUCCUCCAUCGCUGGCAACCCAGAAGAGGAGCUUGAUGCCAGCAGCAAAACCAAGCGCCUCUCUGUGGAUCUGGCCUCCAACGGCUCCUCCCGUAGUGACUCCAAAACCGUGUCGGAGAGUUUGAGCUACUAUUCCAACACGCUUCCUCCCUAAGCAACCUGAACCUCCCUGCAACGCAUCUCCAUCAAAAGUGUGGCUCAGUUUCCAAUCUCCCUAACGAAGGAGCUGUUCCUCAUUUGUAACAAGUCACCUCUUUCCUCUCUGACUUUAUCCCUGAAUUGAGUUUUCCUUCUUUGUGUCGCCUCUGCUGUGAUGCCCUGUUGGAUGUUCAGACGAUCUAUAUAUCAGAAUGGAUUCUCGUUUUGGGGCCCGCAUUGCGAUAGGUUCAUUAGCCAAUUCUCAGGCUGUGCUGGCUAACAGCCAAGUACCUUCCGCUUGACUUUGUUUUUCCAUCCCCAAAUCUCACCUUCUCUUCCCACAACGUGCUCAGGUCUUCUUGGUGUCUCUCCCUUCCAGCUUCCAUACACAGAACCAUAAGAUCAUGGAACUGUGGAGUUGGAAGGGAGACCACAUGUCACUGCUAUUGCGAAAGGAGUGGAGGGGACUGAAAAGCUCCUUGAAGAAAAAAGGAGCGAAAAUGUCAUGUUUGUAGUAUGUGUGCCAUUUUGGAAAAGUUGAAUUGCAAAAAAAAACAAGUUUUAAGAAUGUAAGAGUCCUGCUGGACCAGGUGAAAGUGGUCAGGGAGACUGAGUGGCUCCCCUAUGAGAAAAGGUUGCAGAGUUCGGGACUUUUUAGUUUAGAGAAAAGUUAAGCGGCAAUAUGAUGGAAGUUCCUAAAGUUAUGUCUGGCGAGGAGGAAGUGGAUAGAGAAAGGUUUGUCUGCCUCUCUCACAACACUACAGCUCAUGGACAUCCCAUGAAGAUGGACAUUGAAAGAUUCAAGACAGACAGAAGAAAGGGCUUAUUCACGCAGUGCAAAGUUAACCUAUGGAACUGCCUCCCACAGGAACUUGGGGAAACUGCAGAAGGCGAGAGGGCUCUUAUGCUCAAAUCCUGCUUGCAAGUUUCCCACAGGAAUCUUGUUGACCACUGUGAGAACAGGAUGCUGGACAAAUGGGCUAUUGGCCUGAUCCAGCAGGCUCUUAUUGCAUUCUCAUGAAAGGCCUGUCUGGUCCAGCUUCCUGCUCUCAUUGUGGCCAAGCAGACCCCUAAAGGAAGACCACAAGCCUGACGUGAGGGGAGCAGCAUUGUCCCCACUUUGUUUGAGAGUUAAAGUCCAGGCAGUAUCUGAAAUCCUUAAUGGAAAAGUUAGGAAUUUCCAUAUACAAAUCUGAGGAUUCUCAAUUUGCAGUUUUUGAUCCAAUAGCACAGCGUUCCAAAUUGCCUCCCUACAAACUUUGUGUAUCUGAUGUACUUCCAAGAUCACUUCUCUUCCACUUCAUUUAUGUUGGGUUAGGAAAAAACCCUCAGCUCCUCAUACUGGUUUGUGCCUAUACCAGGGGUGGAUAACGCCAAGUCCGAGGGCCUGAUCCAGCUCCAGAAGUAAAAGACCCUACAGAUUUUGGUGGUGGCCAAAUGCAGGGGAGGAAUAUAGUCCGUAUGGAGGCUGGGGUGGUGGCAGAAAAGUUUAAACCUCUCUGUUCAGCACAGCCUCCUGAUGAGAAAACAAUCCCUCAUCUGAUAAAUUCGUGGAAUCGUGGAGUUGCAGGAGUAUCUAAUGAAUCUCUGACAGAUGGCCUCCAACCUCCUGCUACACGGGAGAUGGGUUGAAGAAAAAGAAAUGCAAAUUGGCCCUGCCCUGUAGCUUGAGCAAUCAUGUUAAGGAGCGGCUAGGAGCUAGGCAGAGUCAUAGAUCUAAAAAAAAAGAGAUGCACACGCUGGCCAGCUUCCAUUUUGACUUGAAAGGUUUGUUUGGGGCUUCUCAAAAAUAUGUGAAGGCAAGAAGCAGAUGGGAGGAGUGUUGAUCCGCCAUAGCGCCCACCUGAGAGGUGCCGGGACUGCACUCUGGUGCACUCUAGCUGAGAAAAAAGCACUGCAAACAGCUCAUACCACCAGAAAGUUCUCCCUGAUGUUGAGUUGGUAUCUCCUUCCUUGUCAUUUGAAUCCACUGAUUCGGGUCCUACCCUCUGGAGCAGCAGAAAACAAGCUGGCUCCGUCUUCCACGAGACAGCCCUUCAGAUAUUCGAAGAUGGCUGUUGUCUCACCUCUCAGUCCUCUCUUCUCGAGGGAUGAUAACUCCCCCUCUUCCACUGACCUGCAUGAAUCGGCUGUGGGGAGUGGCCUGUGAGCGUGAAUGCAUGUGGCCUCUGUAGGGUUGGCUGAGGGUCCAAAGGCCCCUCACCUAAUUUAUGGAGGUACACCAAGUUCCUUUUAAAGGCCCCAGAGGUUGCACUGAAACCCUACAGAUAUCUAGGUUCCUAUGCUCAGGGCAUGUUUUUACAUAUGCACCAGUUUAGGGGAUGGAGAACAGAACCGAACCAUAAAAAAUGUACUGUUUCAUUGCCCCAUUCCUCUCUCGAGAAAUCUGGAAUUCCUACAAAUAGGAAACUAGUUUGAUGGGGAGAAAAACAAUUCAGCCUAGGCUUCUCAGUUAUAUGGUCCUUUUUCUAUAGAAAGAGAAGAUUCAAUCCCAUCCCCCAAAUGGCAAAACAUUAAAAUACUGUAUGCACACACAAGCCACACUCCCCUGUUGCAUCCUUGGAAUCCUUCCAGCAAAGCUCUUCCUCCCACCAGUUGUCAAAACUGUCUCUGACAUGCAGGUGUCUUCCGUGGAGUUCUGCCAUUUGCAAGAGACAGCUCAGGUGGAGAGCAUCCCUGCUGUGAGUCCCAGAUGUGCAUCAUUAAUUGCAGCAAAUAUCCCUUGAUUAUUGCCAACUGGCAAAGGACCAAAACAAGCCUGCCAUUGUCAUGCACACCCAGCGCUGGCAUCAUAGGACAGAGAUGCAUAGCCUCAGCCCAUAAUAAGAUUAAGACAAGAAGAAUCUGUGGAAAGCAGGAGUGUAAGUAAAGAUGGGAUUAGAUAAUGGCACAAGAUGGAAUGUAUUGUAUAGCCCAGAGGGUGUGGGGGGAAAUGCAGGUGGGACAAUUUUAAAAAAUGCAUGGAGAGCAACACAUCUCCAGUGCAAAUCCAGCAACCUGAUGUGAAGAGACAGGAAGUGCAUAUGGAUAUUGAUUUCUCAUAAUGGCCCAAGGGCUGUAAUGCACACAUGCUCAAAGGGAUCCCUCCACUAUUAUGUAGAUCCUUGCACAGAUGUAGUGGAUCACUUCCCUAUGACAGCAUUCUCCCGUUUGGAGCCCUCCAGAUGUUUGGGCUUACACCUGCCAUUAGCCCCAGCCAACACAGCUGUGCUGGCUGGGGUUGGUUGGUGAUAUCAUUUUUAUUAUUACAGUUGUGGUCCAAAACAUCUGGAGGGCAUCAGGUUGGAGAAGACUGCCUUAGGUACUGUGAGGACAGUCCCUUGAACUGACAACAAAUGAUUGAGCUAAGGGAUUGCUUGCUGGUGCUGACACUUUCUGCAGCCCAGUUCUGUUCAAGGCAAAAAGCAGGGUAAAGAAAGGUUCCUGAACCCGGGCCACAUAGCCUGAUGUCAGGAACAAGUCCCUCCCUCGCUUUGAUGCAGCAAAGAAAGAUGAGGAUGCAGUCCCAAGAAUGGUGUGAAAAGCUGCUAGCCCAAUUGCGGACCACAGAAUUGCUGAACUGCCGCCAGGGUGAGCGUCAGAAGAGCUCUGCUGGGUCACAUCAAAGGUCCAUCUAAUUCUCUUUCCCACCAAAGUGGACAAAGUGAUGCCUGUGGUGAGCCCACAAGCAAGGCAGAGGGAAAGAGCCCUCUCUGGCUAUCAUUCCCUCACAACUGAUCUCUGCACUGCCUCUGUGAAGACACCCUGAGAGCUGGUUCAUAUGCUCAUCACCUCCAACCAUCUAACGCCACAGAGAGAGCCUCAAUCUAUUGUGUCCACCCAUCCAUGCUUUUUAUUCUUCAGCAAAAGCCAAAUAAUGUGCAUGUGCGAAAUCCCUCCGAAGAAGUGAGAUGUCUUUUGAGAGAAGAUCAUUAUUUUUAACACUGAGGCAGGGACGAUAAAUCUGCCAUCUCUCUCAACACACUAUAAUUUCUUGUGCAUAUUGUACAAAUUUCUGGGCCACUUUGUUCGUGCCUAAGUGUUUCUAUUUAAAUUUGCAACAAUUGUUGUAGCUUUUUUUGCUGUGAAAUGAAGAAGUGAUGGGAUAACUGACCUGUGUGCUCUUCCUGUUUUGGAGUAUAUCUGUAUGAUGUUCUUGUUUACAAAGUGUUGACAAACCCAAAUGAGGAAUUCCAAUAUGAUCAACUCAACUGCAAAUUGUGUUACAUUUGAUGGGUCAGAACUUCAAUGAUAUUGUUUCUGGAGAAGCUUUGAGUGGAUCAUAUCAAAGUAAUAAAAAAAUUAUGUCUCUUAAAAGAGUGAAAAUAGAUCUUCCAC